AUGUCAUCUCGACACUCGUACAAUCCCAGCCGCCGCAUGGGCAGCAGUAGGGAUAUCGGCAGAGCCCGCGCGACCUCCAGAGCCCAGCCCAUCGUCGUUGAACAUGACGAUGCUCGCAGCUUCGCCUUGCGCUCUGCCUACCUACAUUACCUCUUGCAACCCAAGACAAAGCGAAAACAAUAUGUCCCCGCCCCGAAGCAACCUGUCAGAACCCAUACCAGUGUCGGUAUGCUGGUGCAGGAAUUCACAUCAGGCUCUUCGUCCAGCAUGAAGCUGCCGCACAACUUUUCAUUCAAGGUGCUCAACCGAGUGACCAAUGUAGUCAAGGGCCAGGAGCGUGUCCCCGGUUUCAAUGAUGCUGCUAUCAAACGGACGUUUGCUGAAGCUUACAUUACAUUUUCCGAGGACAACUUCAAGAGAACCAUUGACAAGGAGAGGAAGGUGGAGCCUCUUAUUCUCAUGUUCUACUCUGCUGCUACGAAGGCGGCGCAAAAGGGUGCUGCUCCAGACGACGACUCAUGGAAACUCCUACCUGAUCGACACCUCGCCCUCUUUGUUCGUCUUCUUAGCGCUAUCAUUCAUGAUCACGGCAGCGAUAAGCCCGAACUCUUGUCCAAGCUCAAUUCACUCGAGAAGAAGCUGCUCACAAAUGACCAGAACCUGGUCGGUAGUGGAUCUGAUGGCGCUGGCACAACCAUUGAAGUUAUCGUACCCCUCAGUUACGACGUCAAGGACAUGCCCCUUGUUCAGCAAGUGGCCAGGAUCUUUGGCAUGAGUCUCUCCGAGGCGCAGGCCGAGAUCAAUGAAAACAAGCAGUCUUGGACAGAGGAGGCUGCCCUCAAAGACCUAAAGUCCUACCAGUCUAGGCUCAGCGCAAACAUGCCUGGUGCUCUGAGGAGCCAGGACUUUGAUGUGGAAGACGCUUUCUUGGAGUGGCAAAAGUCCGAAGCCACCCAUCUCUCGCAGAUGAUGCUCGAUAUCCUGACUGCCAAGCCAGGGUUGGCAAAGACGUCGGCUGGUGCCAUGGACCAAGGCUUGUCCAGUAGGCCUCAGUCUACCUAUGACGAUCGAGCCUAUGCAGACCUCAGCCGUGCUCUUUCUCAAUCAAACGACGGUUCCAUGGCCUUUGACCCGUCUCUUAACCUUGCUUCCCUAAACCUUGGUGAUUCCGGCAUCCGAGCAGUGGAGGGCAACAUCUACACAUUCACUCCACCGGAUCCUAGAGCCUUCUUCAAGUAUAUCCUUCAGCAUGCCAUGACCUUUGACCAGAUCAAUAACGACCCUGAUCUUGAAUAUCAACCCCUGUCAAAGCAGUCCAUGGACCUCCUAACCGAGCUCUGUGUGAGAUGGAGAGUGCCCCAAUUCUCCAGACUCAUCACCUUGCUCGAGGUUGCGUCACGCAACUUUAUGGACCGAGAACUUCUCCCCGAUGAGUUGGACGCUGUUCUAGACUUUGUCAAGACACCACUCCCAGAACCCAAGAAGCCUCCCCAUAUGUCACACUACAGUACUCCCCUCACUGAAAUCGAUCCGAGUCGUUGGACAAUCCAUGACUUUGCCGUGUACCAGCACACUCUCCAUAACCUUCACGAGACGUUAUUGCGUGAGCUGUAUGAUCAGAUGGAUCAGUGUUACGCAGCCAAGGCCCCCGAUAUUGGAGUCAUCCAGUACAUUCUAAGCAACCACAUCUUCAACGACCCCUGCUUUUCUCCAAGGGCUGAAGCUGCGUCUGAAUUUGCGGCACACCUUGCGGAAAGGCUCCAUGAACAAGCCAAGGAACUGUACCGUCAGAACAUGGAAAAGGAGAUCUCAGCGGACAGAAAUGACUGGGUGUUUGGUAACGUGGUGAAGCUUGGCAAGACAGUCAUCAAGCAUUGUGAGAGAAUCAAGAAGCGAUACAAGAAGAACCCCGAGAUCAUGGGUGUAAAUCCCUUCACCAUCUUGGUCGAGGAAAUAUUCCCGCGCUUUGAGGAGGACGCGAAGGCGAUCCUUGAGUCCAUUCUGGGAAUGGGUGAAGAGACUGGCGCCGAGCAUGAUAUCCAAGACGGAUUCGAUCUAUACAGGGAGCUCGUUGCGAUCCGCCAGAUUCACUCUGAAAAUCUCCCCAGCCGAUCCUUUGCUUUCAAUAUCGAGAACCUCUUGGUUGACUUUGUGUGGCGCUGGAUCAACGCUGCCGAAGGCAGGAUGGAAGAAUACGUCGAACAGGCUAUCAAGCAGGAUCAGUUCCAGGUCCGCACUGAGAACCCAGAUGACAUCCCCCGAGACUCGGAGCGGCACAGUGUGUCCAUCAUUGACAUGUUCAUGUUUUUCAACCAGACACUCGAGACCAUCUUCCAGCUCAACUGGGACAACCGGGAACACCAUGCCAGAUUCAUGACAGCUCUCUCGAGGGCAUUCUCGAUUGGUAUUGGCAAGUACUGCGAGGUUGUGGACCAGCGAUUUGCAAAGGAGAUGGAUCGUCCGUCGGCAGAGGAGCUUGCUGCACAAACUCAGACCACCCAGGAGAAGUGGAUGAAGUAUGCAAAGGAUGCCUGGAACAACAAGGAAAGGGUUGAGCCCUUCCAGUUUUACUCCGAGUCCUUUGUCAAGCUCAACAACAUCGAGUAUGCUAUGCAAGAGCUGGAUAAGCUGGAGAGGGCUAUGGACCCCGACGCUUGCGCCGCUCUGCUAGAGAGCAUCGACGGACCCAAGAAGAAGACACGCAGGCCCAACAAGUACACCUUUACGAUCAAGGUGGUUGAGGCUGAGGAUCUCAAGGCCUGUGAUCCCAACGGGUUCAGUGAUCCAUAUGUGGUGUUUGGUGACGAAUAUCAGAAGCGACUACACAAGACAAGGAUCAUUCAGAAGAACCUGAACCCACGCUGGGAUGAAACCUUUGACAUCACGGUUCAGGGGUCGGUCAAUAUGAUUGCAACGAUCUGGGAUUACGAUACAUUUGGCGAUCAUGACUACGUGGGACGAACGUCACUCAAAUUGGAUCCCCUCCACUUCGGCGACUACUUGCCUCGGGAGUUUUGGCUACCUCUGGACCUUCAGGGUCGAUUGCUGAUCAGAGUCAGCAUGGAGGGUGAACGUGAUGACAUUCAGUUCCACUUUGGAAAGGCCUUUAGACAUCUCAAGCGCACUGAGAGAGACAUGGUCCGAAAGGUUACGGAUAAGCUCACCUCUCAGAUCAACAGCACAUUGUCUCUCGAGACUCUAAGACAUCUGCUGGGCACUGGUGGCAUUGGUGCAUCGGUAACGAACCUCUGGAAGAAGCGGGCAUCGGCCGCGCCCACAGCGACCCCAGCCCAGAUUGAUGCAGUGUUGAAUCCUCUGUUUGCCUACUUCGAUGAGAACUUUGCCAUCAUGAAGCAGACAUUGACUAAGGCCACAAUGGAUGCCGUCAUGGCACGACUCUGGAAGGAGGUUCUGAUGGUGAUUGAGCAUCUUUUGGUGCCACCCCUAUCGGAGAAGCCUUCGCAACAACGGCCCCUUACACGAAAGGAGCUGGACAUUGUGUAUAGGUGGCUAGAUCUACUCUUUGCCUUUUUCAAUGCCAAGGACGAUUCAGGAGAGCAGCUGGGUGUCCCAGCGGAGACGCUCAAGUCGCCUAAGUGGCACGAGUUGGCGUCGCUGAACUUCUUCUACUUCGAGGACACUAACAGUUUGAUCCGAGAGUCGGAGCGGAUGGCGGCCGCAACGGCGCAGCGGGCACAGCAGGCACUCCAGCAGCAGAAUCAGCAGCAGAACCGGCUCUCUGCCCCAGCGGCGCUCGGAGCAUCGCUGGGCAGUGCCAGUGCCUUUGCCAGCAUGGGAACGAUCCGGCGUGGAAAGAGUAUCAUGAUGAGCCGUAACCUGGGCACCAUGCGGAAGGCUAAGGAGGCGAAGCGUCGAGAGGCACAGGCAGACCCAAGCGAUGAUAUGAUCCUGCGCAUUCUCCGCAUGCGACCUGAGGCAGCGCACUAUCUCAAGGAACGGCAUCGCCAAAAGGAGCGACAGGCGGCCACGGCGGCGGCAGCUCUUAUUGUCAAGAACAGCGUGACACAAGGAUGGAAUGCUGGUGGAGGGCCCGCGUUCUCGGGCAACUUUGGACGGAACAACCUGCCACGGCGAUGA